AUGCGGAUAUUUCCUUAUACCCCAAAGACUGGCGCCAACAAUUCGUUAUAUCUCACUCCAAAUGUCACAUCUCGAGAAGGCCUGGUUGAGAUCAGAGUCGGUGUAUUGCUACCUUACUCUUUACCAAACAACCUCACUCAACAGCUAGCUUACAGUGGGACUUCAGCCAUAAGGAUGGCGGUGAGCGAGAUCAACGAGAAGCGCCUGAUCCCGGGAGCAUAUGUCACCUUAGUUUUGAAGGACUCUUUCAAUGGACGGGACCCUGAAAACUCGGGAGCAGCACAGGCCAUUUUCUCAACAGUGUCGCUGCUGCAGUCAGAUGGCGGGGUAUCAGGCGUCAUUGGCGACGUUAGCAGCGCACUCACAGUACAGUCUGCGCUGUUGACCAGUCGUCUUGCUAUCCCGCAGUGCUCUUAUUCGGCUGGAUCGACACAAUUAUCAAGCAAGGACGACUACGGAUAUUUUUUCAGGACAAUCCCAACAGAGUUGAUGUUUGGACGCGUCAUGAUCGAUUUCGUGGCUAAUCGAGGAUGGAGCACCGUCGCGGUGUUUUACACUGGAGACGCACUGGGAUCAGAAAUGAUGGAUAGCAUUGCACAACAAGCGAGGAAAAAGAACAUCUCGGUUGGUUUCAGACGCGCCUUUUGGGAGAUGGGGACGUCCUCGGAUGUGGGGCCGAGUCUGGAUGCUUUAAAGGACUCAGGACAACGGGUUGUCUUGGUUGCGGCGGUUGGGAUCCCCCAGGUUCGGUUGAUAAUGGAGGCAGUUCGUAAAGGGCUGUUCUCAAAGGACUAUGUCUGGCUGACCAUUAACCAGGUGACAGAGCCUCUCUUGGACAUGGAGGGCUCAACCUUGAAACCGAUGGAUCUGAACGGUUUGUUCAUGUUUGACAACAUGCUCCGUUUACGCGGGUAUCCUCCGUACGAAGAGUUCCUGGAUAGAUGGGCAACAUUGGAUCCUGCUGAAUAUCCCUAUGCUGGCGAAAGAGACAUCUCGAGCAACGAAGCGUAA